AUGGCUAACAGUUUUUAUCACAAUACUAAGUUACUUUACAGAGGCAUAGAACCUAAAAAAAGAUUAGAAGCUAUAGUCCCUUUAAGUGAAUGCAGAAAAGUUGGACUAAAUUGUAGUUCCUUCGCAACUUGCUUAAAUCGCACGGAAAAUGAGACAUUUUAUCUGGCUUGUCAAUGCCUUGAUGGAUUUGAUGGCGAUGGAUUUUCUUGUCAAGAUAUUAAUGAAUGCAACAACUCGCAGCUAUGUUCAUUGCCGCAUCAAAUAUGUAUUAAUACAAACGGAUCCUAUUAUUGCAAGUGUGACCAGCAAACAAGUAACGGCAGCUAUUACCAACAUAACUGCACGAAGUGCCAAUUAGCUUGCAAGAAUGGUGGUGGAUAUUGUAGGCUUGAUAAAAAGCAGAAACCUUACUGUUUGUGUCCUAGUGGCUUUGUCGAUCGUGACUGUGGUACACGCAAGCCAGUUAUUACGUCUAACAUAAUUGCCGGUAUGAUAAUUGGAUUUGCAGCUCUUGUGAUAGUAAUUAUUUUGGUAUCUGUCUUUUAUUACUUGCGAUGGAAGAGCGAUAAAAGGAAUCGACAGGGAUAUGAUGAGGCUUCAACUGCAACUUUAAAAUCCAAUCCUAGUAGUAGUAAAGAUACGGAUAGAAAGUCAUCAACAAGAUUAAGUAACAAAAUCUAA